AGAAAAGGCGACUCUUCAUCCUUUCAUCGAUACUAUCUCGCCCACGAUUCUCAUACUGUUAUAGACGCUUGAAUAAGCGAUAUAUGGCUGAUCAACACGCCCCUUGGGAACCGCGCGUCUUCCCGCGUUCCGGGUGGGAUCUCAUCGAUCCUUCUGUACGUAUUGAAGAAGAGACAAUCCCGAGCUAUCGAGCAGGAAAGUUCUAUCCUGUGCAUAUUGGCGAAGUUUUCAACUGCCGAUAUCAAGUUGUGGGCAAGUUGGGCUACGGAUCCAGCGCGACAGUGUGGCUUUGCCGAGACUUGAUAAACCACUGUUAUAUAUCAUUAAAGGUGUAUACAGCAUCCACAGCGACGCAUGAGGUUGAGAUCUACCACCACCUACAAACAAUUCAAUCCGACCACGCAGGCCAGACGUGUCUUCGUCCACUGAUUGACGUCUUCCAGGCCAGGAGCCCUAAUGGAGAUAGUUUGCACACUUGUCUCGUUCACCCACCGCUGGGGAUCAGUCUUAGCCAGCUUACUCGGCUACUUCCUGGGAAGGUGAUGAGCAGCGCUAUGGUCAGGACGACCAUCCGGAAUGUCCUCGCUGCUCUUGACUUCCUUCACACGGAAGCACAAGUUAUCCAUACUGAUCUCCAACCCAACAAUAUCCUGCUCGGCAUCAAAGAUGACUCUACUCUGUCCCAGUUCGAACAGAGAGAGUUCGAAGCGCCAGUUUCACGUAAGAUCAUGCAAGAUCGGACUGUCUUUCUGUCACGGCCACUCGCUCUCUCCUACGGAACGCCCGUCCUCUGUGAUCUGGGCGAGGCUAGGCUGGGCAUUGAGCAGCAGGAGGGCGACAUCAUGCCGGACCUAUAUCGGGCGCCUGAAGUUAUCUUAGACAUGACCUGGAACUACAAGGUUGAUAUCUGGAAUGUCGGCAUGCUGAUAUGGGAUCUGUUUGAAUACCAUCAUUUGUUUCGAGCCCGAAAUCCUGCCCGCCAACUGGACGAUGAAUAUCAUCUGGCUGAGAUGCAGGCCGUGCUUGGGCGCCCGCCAUUACAAUUUCUCCAGCGGAGUGAAAGAAGCCUCCAGUUCUGGGACGAGCAUGGGCAGUGGAAGGCAGCUUCAAUCCAAGCCGACAGUCUCGAGAUCCUGGAGGAGCGACUUGAGGGAGAAGAGAAAAAGGACUUCCUUCGCUUUCUCCGUCGCAUGUUGUGUUGGCUGCCAGAAGAACGAGCUUCUGCAAAGGAGCUUCUAUUCGAUCCUUGGUUGAUGACGGGUCUUUCAAUAAAAGAGAAGCCUUGAAGCCAGCUGAAUCUAUGUAGUUAUCUUUCCAGGAUAAAAAUGUCAGCCCUGGGCAGAACCAGUCCCAGAGCAAGUACUCAUAGUAUAUACUUGAUAUACACAGUAAUACUACAAUCAGAC